AUGAGUGGGAGGCUGGCGAGGAGAGCCCCACCCUGGAGGACCAUUCAGACAGUCCAUGAGCCCAAACCUGGAGGACCAUUCAGACAGUCCACGAGCCCCACCCUGGAGGACCAUUCAGACAGUCCACGAGCCCCACCCUGGAGGACCAUUCAGACAGUCCACGAGCCCCACCCUGGAGGACCAUUCAGACAGUCCACGAGCCCCACCCUGGAGGACCAUUCAGACAGUCCACGAGCCCCACCCUGGAGGACCAUUCAGACAGUCCACGAGCCCCGCCCUGGAGGACCAUUCAGACAGUCCAUGAGCCCCGCCCUGGAGGACCAUUCAGACAGUCCACGAGCCCCGCCCUGGAGGACCAUUCAGACAGUCCACGAGCCCAACCCUGGAGGACCAUUCAGACAGUCCACGAGCCCAACCCUGGAGGACCAUUCAGACAGUCCACGAGCCCCACCCUGGAGGACCAUUCAGACAGUCCACGAGCCCCACCCUGGAGGACCAUUCAGACAGUCCACGAGCCCCACCCUGGAGGACCAUUCAGACAGUCCACGAGCCCCACCCUGGAGGACCAUUCAGACAGUCCACGAGCCCCACCCUGGAGGACCAUUCAGACAGUCCACGAGCCCCACCCUGGAGAACAAUUCAGACAGUCCACGAGCCCCACCCUGGAGGACCAUUCAGACAGUCCACGAGCCCCACCCUGGAGCACCAUUCAGACAGUCCACGAGCCCCACCCUGGUGGACCAUUCAGACAGUCCACAAGCCCCACCCUGGAGGACCAUUCAGACAGUCCACGAGCCCCACCCUGGAGAACAAUUCAGACAGUCCACGAGCCCCACCCUGGAGGACCAUUCAGACAGUCCACAAGCCCCACCCUGGAGCUGCAUCAGAAGGCCCACUCACUCACACAGCCCAGUGGGACCAGCCCAGGAUUGUCAACUAUGCAGACACUCCUCAUCUGUACUUCCCCUAGCACUACUGCCAGACACAGAGCAAGCCAGCCCCCAGAGAGCUGGAAGAUAA